AUGGCGGCGACCUCGCCCCGCGGCGGCGGCGGCGGCGGCUGCGGCGGCUACAGCUCCCGGGGACCCGGCCGCCGCCGCGCCGCGCUCCCGCGCGCCCCGGGCUCCUCCGCCAUGUUCCGGCAAACUUCGCCGACCCCGCGAGCCGUCUCCCCGCCGCGCCGCGCCGCCCCGCGCGGGAUUCGCUCCGGCUCGGCCCCGGCCCGCGGUCACCUGCUGGGCCGGGCGGCCGCGCCGCCGUGCGCGCCCCUCCCGGCGCCGCCCCGGCCCCUCCCGCCGGCCGCGCCCUCCGCCCGCCCGGGGCCGCCUCCGCGCCCCGACCCGCGGGCGCCCGGCCUCUCCCGCCCGCCCCGGGGCUCCGCGCUCCCCCGGCUCCGCCUCGCGCACUUCCCGGGAGCGGCUUCCCGGGGCCCACUGGGCUCAGAGGGUUGUUUUUUUUGUUUUGUUUUGUUUUUUCCUCUCGGUGUUUGGCGCUUUUCCCCGCCUUCCUCACCCGGAUUCAACCCUCGAGGCUGGAUCCCGGGGGGCGUCGGGAGGGCCGGCGGCGGGUGGGCGCGGAGUGCGGGGGUCGCUGCCACUGCGCGCGCCGCGCCUCGGGGGGAACUAGAAUGCGUUCGGGAGCUGCCUGCCGGGCCCCGGGCACCCCCAGUGCCUGGCACUCAGCGGGCGCUCAAUAAAUAUUUGUUGAAUGAAUGAGCAGUUGACUACCGCGUUCACCCCCUGGAGCUUUAACUGACACCGAGAGGACCGGAAGCCGAGCUCCAGGGCGGACGCGACCUCCCGGGGCCACCGUUGAUAGCUUUCAAAGCGGGCGUAUUUGUCUCCGGGACUUAAUCACCUUUAGGACUUCCUCAGUGAUUCCUCCACGUGGACCCCUAGGAGCUGAAGCAUUUGCAUUAUAGAAUGGGGACUUCACAAAGGAAAUGUCCCUCCUGGCACCGAGGGACAAAAAUCACCAACUGUGGAAAACCUGAUUCUUGAUCAGUGAAACUUUCAAGGACAGAUCUUGAUCAAAAGGGAGAAAUGUGAAAAUAAGUCAAGGAAACCUCAUUUAUCAUGAAGUUGGGGAGCCCUGAAGGGGCAGUUCUCACGCAUACACAUUUGUCGCAGUCUAAUAGCCAGCAGGAAGAAGGAAGAUCCCUCCCUGUCCCAGAAACAAUGCACUAACCACAACUUACAGCCAAUAAGAAAUCACCAGGACUCACGUUCUUUUCGGUGAAUUUUUGUUCAAAACAACUCUCCUCAAUUUCCUCUUAAAACCUAGUAAAAGUUGACUUUCCCUUUGUCUCUUCAGACUCCUCUAUGUUUUCCCCAUAGUUUGAUUUUCUCAAAUUGUGCUUUCUCAGCUAUUCUCAAAUAAACUCAUUUUGCUAAUAAAAUAACUGGCUAA